CCGCACACACACAACGACAUGGACCGUUGAGAAAACUACAAUCGAUGUAUAUCAAACUCGCACUUGAGGAUCACCAUUUCAAUCUGAGAACAAUAGAUAUGCACUGGGGGAUUCUUUGAUGUACGUCCUGGAUCGUUCACACAUGUGAAAACUCGUGCGUGUGGUGCGUCUCCAUUUGUCGCUUGAAAAUUGGGGCGUCUGGUAGUAGUAUUUCUUCUGGCCCAAGAUCGUCUCCCUCCCUCAGUCGCCCCUGCUCUCCUGCUUAAAAGAUCGCUUGCAGCAGAAAACACCACCGUCUCUCUCCCCUUCUAAAACCCUAGAUCUCUUGAUCUCUGCAGAAAUCUAUGGCCGACGAUCCGAUCUCCUCCUCCGCAUCUGUUCCUCCUUCAAAUCCGCUCGGCCAUGCCGUGAUUCCGAUCGUCAACAAACUCCAAGACAUCUUCUCCCAGCUUGGCAGCUCGUCGACGAUCGAUCUGCCGCAGGUGGCGGUCGUUGGGAGCCAGAGCAGCGGGAAAUCCAGCGUUUUAGAAGCUCUGGUGGGGAGAGAUUUCCUGCCAAGGGGCUCCGACAUCUGCACACGGCGUCCGCUCGUGCUGCAGCUCGUGAACGCGCCUUCGAGUGGGGCGGAAGAGGGCGAUGAGUGGGGGGAGUUCUUGCACCUUCCCGGGAAGAAAUUCUUUGAUUUCGCCGCGAUUCGUAGGGAGAUUCAGGCUGAAACUGACAGGGAAGCAGGAGGAAACAAGGGAGUCUCGGAUAAGCAGAUUCGUUUAAAGGUGUUCUCUCCAAAUGUUCUCAACAUUACAUUGGUGGAUUUGCCUGGAAUUACGAAGGUUCCAGUUGGUGAUCAGCCAACGGAUAUUGAGCUGCGAAUCAGAAAUAUGAUAUUGUCAUAUAUCAAGCACCCGACUUGUGUUAUUUUAGCUGUUACACCUGCGAAUUCAGAUUUGGCCAAUUCAGAUGCACUUUCGAUGGCAAGGGUGGCUGAUCCUGAUGGUUCUCGGACAAUUGGUGUAAUCACAAAGUUGGAUAUCAUGGAUAGAGGUACUGAUGCUCGCAAUUUUUUGCUUGGAAAAGUGAUCCCUCUUCGACUUGGUUAUGUCGGUGUUGUGAAUCGUAGUCAGGAGGAUAUUAUUUACAACCGCAGUAUUAAGGAAGCACUUGCUUAUGAAGAGGACUUCUUCCGCAGAAAAGCUGUAUACCAUGGCCUUUCAGAUCGUUGUGGCAUCCCCCAGUUAGCAAAGAAGUUGAAUCAGAUUUUGGUACAGCACAUCAGGGCAGUUCUUCCAGGAUUAAAAGCCCGCAUAAGUGCUCAAUUGGUUGCUGUAGCAAAGGAGCAUGCUGCCUAUGGUGAAAUCACAGAAUCAAAGGCUGGUCAGGGAGCUCUUCUCUUGAACAUUCUUGCCAAAUAUUCUGAAGCUUUUUCUUCGAUGGUGGAGGGGAAAAACGAGGAAAUGUCAACAUCAGAGCUUUCUGGUGGAGCACGAGUCCACUAUAUUUUUCAAUCAAUCUUUGUGAAGAGUUUGGAGGAAGUGGAUCCAUGUGAUGACUUAACUGAUGAAGACAUCCGCACUGCUAUUCAAAAUGCUACUGGCCCUAAAAGUGCUUUAUUUGUACCAGAGGUGCCAUUUGAAGUUCUGGUCCGAAGGCAGAUAGCUCGUUUGUUAGAUCCAAGCCUUCAAUGUGCAAGGUUCAUCUAUGAUGAAUUAAUUAAGAUGAGCCACUGCUGUCUGGCUGGUGAACUGCAACGAUUUCCUGUUCUUAGGAAGCGCAUGGAUGAAGUUAUUGGAAAUUUUCUGCGAGAAGGCCUGGAACCUUCAGAGACAAUGAUAGGCCACAUUAUUGAAAUGGAGAUAGAUUACAUAAACACUUCACACCCGAAUUUUGUCGGUGGGAGUAAAGCUGUAGAGCUUGCAUUGCAGCAAGUUAAGUCUUCUAGGUUACCUGUAUCUCUGCCCAAACUGAAGGACGGGGUAGAUUCUGAUAAAAUGCAAGCAUCUGAAAAAAGUCUGAAAUCUCGAGCUAUUUUUUCUAGGUCUGCUGCAAAUGGAAUUGUUGCCGACCAGGGAGUUCGACCUGUUGCAGAUGCAGAGAGACCUGGAUCAGCUGAAUGAGGAAUCAAUAGAUCACUUAUUUAUCCAUUGUGAGUUCACAAGGGGAAUUUGGGAGUCUUUCCUUAAGUUAUUCGGAAUUGCUUGGGUCAUGCCCAGUUUGUUUGGGCAUUUCUUCUUUAUGUGGCAUGAAGGAAUUCAUGGAAAGAGAGCUUUGAAAGUGUGGCGGCUAUGUUUACUGAGGGGAAUUUGGUCGUUAUGGUUAGAGAGGAACAACUGAUGUUUUCGGAAUCGGUCAGGGCGUCUUUCAGAUGUGUUCAGUAGAGCCAAAGGAAAUGUUAUGGAGUGGGCGUUGGUGGCCAAGGUGGUGGAUCGUUUUCCGGUGUGUUGGUCACCCUUGUAAUUUAAUGCUUCUUCAUCUUUCCGGGUGUAAUAUUUGAGCAGUUUUUCUUUUGUUUCAAUUCUCUUGUAAAGUUCUGGCUUAGACGUCUUUGUUAAUAUAUACCCUUUUUUUUUUGAAAAAAAGAAGCCAGGCUGCUGCUCCAUAUAGACUUCUUUGGUAAGAUCCCCGUGUAGAAAUGCUUUCUUCACAUCAAGCUGACAUAAAUGCCAAUCCAAAUUUGUGGCAACAGAAACAACCCGCACAGAGUUAAGCUUUGCCACAUGAGAAAAUGUCUCUAAUUAGUCAACUCGUAAGGUUUGAGAGUGCCCUUUAGCGACUAACCGAGCAUUUAAAUGUUCAACUAAACCAUCGUGGUUGUACUUAAUUGUGUAUACCCAUCAACACCCAACCGCACGUUUUCUAGUAGGUAAGUCAGGUAAAUUCUAAGUUUGAUUAACGAUGGAGAGCAACCAUCUCAUCUUCUAUAGCUUGUUUCCAUCCAUCACUACUGAUAGCUUCGUGGAAAUGAGGAACAAACAUAUAGAUGACAAGGAAAAAGUAAAAUUGCGUCGGGAAUGAGAUAAACCGACAAAGGAACCAAAAUGAGAAAUAGGAUGCUGAGUGCAAGAACGUAUAGCCUUGUCAAGAGCGAUCGGUAAGUCGCCUUCAUUAGAUGCUAAAGAAGGAAAUUUAGGAGGAUGAUGAUCUUUGGAUGAAGGAGGAGGAUUGGUGGGAGCCACAAUUAUAUGAGUUUCAUUACCAUGCUUGGAACAUUUGGAGUAUACUUGGAACGAUGGAGCAAAACAUUGUACCUACAUUCCAUUCAAUGAAAGUUGUGUCAGGCAUAAUGGGAAGAGUAGCAGACUUCUCCAACCUGCAAGGUCUUAGCAUUUUAAAAAAUAAGGAAUGCAUUUAAAGAAUGUGACAUCAACUGAUACAUAACGUUUGUGAGAGAUGAUUGUAGCAUUUAUAUCCUCGUUGGGUACGCGAGUAUUCAAGAAAGAUGCACUUGAUGGCCUUUGGUUUGAACUUGUGAAGAAUAUGAUCCAACUGAUGUACGAAAUGCACACUCAAACACUUUAGGAGGAAUGGAAAAUGUACGAAUACCAGGACAUAAAACAAAAAGUGGAUUUUUCAUCUAAAAUAGAUGAUGGCAUUUGAUUUAUUUAAUGGUAUAUGGUUAAAACUGCAUCACUCUAAAACAUUUUCUGAACUUUCACGUUAAAUAAUAGCACCCUUGCAACCUUAAGUGCUGGUUCUUAUGUUUAGCUACACCAUUUUGUUGUGGCGUGUGACGUGUGUGCACAUGAGAAUAAUGCCAUGAGAUUUGAGAGAUGAAAUAAAUUCGUUAGAUAUAUGUUUCUUAGUAUUAUCUAAAUAUAAGAUACACUCCUUAGCAUUGAAUUGUGUUUGUACUUCCAUAUAAAAUUCCUUAAAAGUAAGAAAACACUUCAGAGCAAACUUUCAUUAUAACUAAGUCAUACGAGAAUAAUUGUCUGUAUA